AUGGAUCUGCACGCUAACUUUUACAAACGAGAGAGACGGCUGCAGCGUUCGCUAGGCUUUGACUGAGGCGACCGAUCCCGUUGCCCACCACCGAGUGGCGGCGGCGGCAUACUCUUUUCUCGUCCGUUCCUGCUCUUUUCUCCUCCGGCGAAGCCAUGCGGGUGCCACCGUCUAGGUUGCUUCCCAGCCCCGGACGCAGUCGCGAACCGGCUGCGGCGGUUCCUGCACUUUCCUCCUCCCGCAGCCGCCGCCUCCGCAGCAGCGGCAGCGUGAAGGGCGGACAGUCUCCGAUGUUCCCCUUGGUAGCCGGAGGGCGGCGGAAAGGCGUCGCCUUUGAGGCAGCGGAGCCGUCCUCGCCGAAGGUUACCUGCAUAGGCCAGGUACGGGUCAAGAGUAAGAAGAAGAAGGCUUCCCCUGCGGUCGCGGCGGUGGUGCGGUCGAGAUCCGUUAGGGGGAGUGGCACCGAGGCGAGCUUUAGGAGGAUGGAGGACGGAAAUGGAUCGCGAGGAUGCUGGCCGAGCAGGAAGCACAAGUGGGCGAAUCGCCUCCCGGUGAGCAUAAAUUGCUUCUUCCCUUGCGGUGGCAGGUCCCUCUGCUCCUCUUCUUGCUCCAGAUCGGGCGCAGAUAGAGCUGAAGAAUGCGGCGAGGAGUGGUGGAGCUCAAAUGGCGCCGUGUUCGCAAGGUGGCCAGUGGCGGUUCCUCAGAGCGACGAGGGGAAGGAACGGGGGGUCUUUAGCGUUGUUGUCGAAGAGAAAGGAGACAGAGAGAUGGGAAUGGUAAUAGCGGAGAGGGUGAAGGGGGAAGAAUUAGGGUUUGAUGUAGAGGUGAAGAAGCGAAAUGAAGUGGUGAUGCUUGUGGGGAAAAGUGAGGAGAAACAAGAAGAGGUGCAGAUUUGCAUUCCUCCGAGGAAUGCCCUUCUACUGAUGAGGUGCAGGUCUGAUCCCGUGAGAAUGGCGGCAUUGACGACUCGUUUGCUGGAUUCGCCAGCCAUGAAGGUCAGCGUAGAGGAAAGAGAUGAAGAUGAAGGAAACUGUGAUGAAAGAAACGGUGAUCAAUGUGCAAAGUCUAAUGUGGCAAUGGAAGGAGAAGAAAAGGGAACAAGAGCACCUGAAGCCAUGCAAGAGAAUCAAGAUUCCGUUUUGACAGAACAACUAAUGAAAGAAUUCGACGACUCACUGGAAAAGUUGAAAAAAGAGGAGCUGAAUUCAGAUAAGGAGAAGCAAAGUCAGUUCAAGGAACAAGGAGAAGUGGCUACUGCUGCUGAGGUCGUUGAACUCGAAGAGGGAGGGAAAGAAAAUGCAGAAGGAGACGAACAAGAGCAAGAAGUAGCACUAGUUGAAUCGGAAAAGGCUAGUUUACGAGAAAAGAUAGACGAGAACGAAAUGCCCAGUGAGAGUCCUCUCCAAGAAAGAGAAACAGGGAAGGAACCAAGCAUAAUAAUGAGAUCUAGCAGCUGCCCUUCCACAGUAGACAAGCAAGAGAGAACAAUGAGUCGAAGAUCACAGGAAAGAGGAAGAAGACAUAACCCUUCUUCAAAGGAAAGGGGCAGGCGGCAUAGCUUUUCCACUGAGAGGGAGGCUAGGAGGCCAAGCUUUAAUACUGAGAAGGAAGUAAGAAGAUCUAGCUUCUCCAGUGAAGGGAAGGAAACUUGGAGCUUCUCUAUAGAGAAGGAUGGCUUGAAACUGGAAAAGGAACCAAUGAAUCAAGAACAGAAUGAAGAAGAAGAAGAAGAAGAAGACUCUGCCGCAGAUAUGGGGCGAAAAGAUGACAUCUUUGCGGUUCCAAAGACUCAUAGCAGAGGAAUAGAAGAAGAAGAAGAAGAAGACGGAGGCAGACAACAUUUUAGGAUAGAAGAGGAAACAGGACAAAAGGGCGUGGAAGAGAAGAGCCCUGAUUUGCCUGACUGCCUUCUGUUAAUGCUGUAUGAACCCAAACUGUCGAUGGAGGUUUCAAAAGAAACUUGGGUUUGUAGCGACGAUUUUCUCCAGAGGAAUCGCCACCCUUCAAAAUCCACUGCUGCAGCUACCACCACCAUGGUCACUAGCACUGACGAAGCUAGUGAGAUCGCUAAUGAGAAUAAGGAAGUUGGCACUCCGAUGCAAGAUGCUUGCCGUCCUCCAGCACCAACCCUGCUCGCUGCAGACACGGAGAAGAAGCUAACAAUCAAUGCUGUGGCCAAGCACGCACAAGUGCCAACUCUUGCUUACGAGCCGCUGGUGCUUACGCGGUGCAAGUCAGAGCCAAUGAGGUCGUCCGCAAGCUUGACGCCGGAUGCUUGCUUCUGGAGGGAUCGGCAUCGGCCCAUUGGAGCCACUGGAAUUGGAUUCUGAGCUAGUGCAAAUCAGUCGUCGAGUAGUUUUGCCAAGGUAGGUAUGAAUUUCCAUGUCGUCUCUACUGCUGCUGUGUGCGAAUUUGUGUUGUCAUCACUGUUUAAUUGGCCUGCACGAUAGAAAUAGCAGUUGUGGUGGUGUUGUUUGUUCAAUGGAUGUCUUGCGUCUGUUUAUAUUGCUCUUUCUAUCUGAGGUUGUAAUAUAUCCAUCUUCACUCUGUGGUAUUAAUUCUCUGAAUAUCAAAAUAGCCCACACUGUUUUUAAAA